GGCCCCCCCCCAACUAUGGACGAGCGGCUGCUGGGGCCGCCCCCUCCAGGCGGGGGCCGGGGGGGCCUUGGAUUGGUGGGUGGGGAGCCUGGGGGCCCUGGCGAACCUCCCGGUGGCGGAGACCCCGGUGGGGGUAGCGGGGGGGUCCCGGGAGGCCGAGGGAAGCAAGACAUCGGGGACAUUCUGCAGCAGAUAAUGACCAUCACCGACCAGAGCCUGGACGAGGCCCAGGCCAAGAAACACGCCCUAAACUGCCACCGCAUGAAGCCUGCUCUCUUUAGCGUCCUGUGUGAAAUCAAGGAGAAAACUGGCCUCAGCAUUCGAAGCUCCCAAGAGGAGGAGCCUGUGGAUCCACAGCUGAUGCGCUUGGACAACAUGCUUCUGGCAGAGGGUGUGGCUGGGCCUGAGAAAGGGGGUGGCUCAGCGGCUGCAGCGGCGGCAGCUGCAGCCUCCGGGGGCGGAGUGUCCCCUGACAACUCCAUCGAACACUCGGACUAUCGCAGCAAACUUGCCCAGAUCCGCCACAUUUACCACUCGGAGCUGGAGAAAUAUGAGCAGGCGUGUAACGAGUUCACAACCCACGUCAUGAACCUGCUGAGGGAGCAGAGCCGCACGCGGCCCGUGGCACCCAAGGAGAUGGAGCGCAUGGUGAGCAUCAUCCACCGGAAGUUCAGCGCCAUCCAGAUGCAACUCAAGCAGAGCACCUGCGAGGCCGUCAUGAUCCUACGUUCCCGCUUCCUGGACGCCAGACGGAAACGCCGUAACUUCAGCAAACAGGCCACGGAGGUUCUGAAUGAGUAUUUCUACUCCCACCUGAGUAACCCAUACCCGAGUGAGGAGGCUAAGGAGGAGCUCGCCAAGAAGUGCGGAAUCACUGUCUCUCAGGUCUCCAACUGGUUUGGCAACAAGCGGAUUCGCUAUAAGAAAAACAUAGGAAAGUUCCAAGAGGAGGCAAACAUCUAUGCCGUGAAGACCGCCGUGUCGGUCACCCAGGGAGGCCACAGCCGCACCAGCUCCCCGACACCCCCUUCCUCCGCAGGCUCUGGCGGCUCUUUCAAUCUCUCAGGAUCCGGUGACAUGUUUCUGGGGAUGCCCGGGCUCAACGGAGAUUCCUACUCUGCCUCCCAGGUGGAAUCACUCCGACACUCAAUGGGGCCAGGGGGCUACGGGGAUAACCUCGGAGGAGGCCAGAUGUACAGCCCUCGGGAAAUGAGGGCAAAUGGCGGCUGGCAGGAGGCUGUGACCCCGUCCUCAGUGACAUCCCCGACAGAGGGACCAGGGAGCGUUCAUUCGGACACUUCCAACUGAUCUUGCCCCUCAGGGCCACAGGGGUGGGGGCUCACAAGGCAACUCUUGAAGAGGACGCAGGCAUCCGGAGGAAGAGACCCAGACACGGGAGAAGCACAAGACAAGAGAAGGCCAGGCGGGGCCGUCCCCUCCCCGGCCAGAUUCUGUCAGUGCUGGGGGUGCCGACGACAUGGCAGGGAAGAUGGGGUCCCCUCAGGGGAGAGUGGGGUCUGUCUACCCCUUUUUUCUUUCUUUUUUUUCUCCCCCUUUCUCUCUCACAGAAACACACACACACCUUAUUUCUCAGAUCUUUCCUCUCUUUUCUCUCUCAUAAACACACCGGCAACUA